UUUAAGGCAGGCAAUACAACCUUUUGUUUGCACAAAAGCAUUCUCUUCAUGCACUCACAGACCCUGGAAGGUAUCUUAACCAUGCCAUCAGGUGUUGAGGGUGAUGGAGAGGAUAGCAACCAUGCCAUUUUCUUGGAAGGAAUUAGCAGGGAAGAGUUCACCCACUUCAUUGCCUGGAUGUCCCUAACAAAUAUCAGUGGAUCUGCUGCCCAACACCAUACUAUCCCCUCCCUUACUGCAAUUCUCAAGAUCUCUCAGAUGUGGAUGAUUGAGAAUAGCAUAGAAUGGGUGAUCUCCAACCUCAAGAAAUUGGACUUGAGUCCUGCCCAUAAGCUUGAGCUCACUCACAGGCAUAGCAUCCCUGAGUGGAUACCCCAUGCCACUUGGGCAUUGGUCAUCUCUCCACUUGCUGCAAUUAGCAAGGAUGAUGUUUUCCAACUUGGUCUUAGGGUAUACUCAAUCAUCACCAAGGCUCAGGAGAUGAUCAAGUGUGAAUGA